AUGUUUCAAGACUAAGAAGUUGCAACAAUUAGUCAAUAUAUGAUUUUGGCCAAUCUUUAAAACUCACGAUCAUAGUUUGUCUGUUCUCUAUUGACAUUGGUGCAAUCCAUGAUGCUUUCACUCUUUUCUUGGCUUUUCAUAUUACUUCUUGCAAUAAUUUUCUUUGAGAUCAAUGUGGUUUUAGUUUCUGGUCACUGUCCAAGGGACCAGCAGUGGUUUUUGCUUCAAUUGAAGAACAGGCUCGACUUCAAUUCCUCUUCAUCUCUCAAACUGGUGAAGUGGAAUCAAAGCACAGAUUGCUGCACGUGGGAAGGUGUAACAUGUGAUGCUGAAGGUCAUGUUACAGAUCUUGAGUUGAGCAACGAAUGGACUGUAAGAGGAAUUGACAAUUCAAGCAGUAUCUUCAAUCUCCAACACCUCCAGAGUCUAAAUUUGGCAAACAACCACUUCAACUCCGACUUUCCUUCUAGGCCCUUUGAAAGCCCCAAGUUCUUCUUUGUCUAUCUUAGACCUUUGUGGCAACAAAUUGCAAGGUCAACUACCAAACCUCUCGCUAAAUUUGGCAUAUGUAGAUUACUCGAGCAACAAUUUCAGCUCUAUUAUACAAUUCUCCGAUAUCUCAAUUACCUCUUCUUUCAUCCUUCUUUCCAACAACAACCUCCAGGAAGUAUUCCUGAAUCAAUUUGCCAUGUUACAAAUCUUCAAGUCCUUGAUUUGUCGAAUAAUUCCCUGAAUGGCACUAUUCCUCAAUGCUUAAAUGAGAUGGAGUCUCUUAAGGUGUUGGACCUGAGUAGAAAUAACCUCAGUGGCAACAUCUCUGUUAAAUUUUCCAGUGACUGUUCAUUACUAACACUAAACGUUAAUGGAAACCACUUAGAGGGGAAGGUUCCUAGAUCUCUAGCCAAUUGUGCUAUCUUGGAGGUCUUAGACCUUGGGAACAACCAGAUCAGUGAUACUUUUCCAUGCCAUUUGAAGUAUAUGUCUAAUUUGAAAGUCUUGGUAUUGAGGUACAACAACUUUCAUGGGUUGAUUAAUUGCCUAGAUGACAAUUCCUCCUGGCCACCACUUCAAAUUGUCGCUUUUGCUUCUAAUCAUUUUAGGGAAGAACUGCCUUAUCACUGGUUACAAAGCUGGGAGGCAGUGAUGGUUGCUUUAGAUGUGCACAAAGUCCUUGUUUUUGAGGAAGAUAUUCAUCUUGAAUUUGAAAUCAAUAAAUCCUCGCAAACAGUCUGUCUUCCUGAAUCAGAAGGAACUUGCAAAGAUGGUGGAAGAACGGUGACAAUCAUCAGCAUUGAUUUCUUUCAAGGAAUUGUUAUUCUACCACUUAUGUUACGCAAGAGAUUGAGGGUGUGGUAUUACAGACAUACUGAUGGUCUUCUUUCCAAAUUCUUUUCUCGAUUGAAUCAAGGAAGCAGAAAUCGUGGUAGGUAAGCUUCUAAGAGUAUCAAAACAAAGUUGAGGAACAAGCAGCGGAGAGGACCAUUGUAAGCACAGUUCUUGAAAACUUUAAUCUGUGUUAUAUGUCUCUAUUCUUCUCAAUAUCAAAAUUUGUCAUUGUUACUAGGUCAGCAUGUGAUUUUUGUUUUGUUUUGUGUUGAUGUGUUGUAUUAUCAUGUGUAACUAAGUAUAAAUCUUGUCGUUAAAA